AAGGCCAGUACGAUAUAAAGACCUUAGGGGGCUGGUAAAAAGAUGAAGUGCACUGGCUUUCUAAUCCUCCUGGUGGUCCAGCUUGCCUGGAAUGACCGCGUUCUGGCAAUAGAAACUGCCUUUGAUAUCUGGAGUAAAUUUGGAGACGGUGGAGCUCUGCCCAAUGAUCCAGAAAGGCUAAACGAAAAAGGUAUUUCGGUUCUGAAUCCAACUAACGACCUGCAAAACAAGAAUGAAGGAACGAUAACGCAAUUGAGGAAUCUUCUUGACAAUUAUGUGACGAAAUUAUUAUCCGAUUUACCCAAUACUCGGAAAAAGAAAAGGAGACAAGGCCUGCAGGAAUCACUGCAAGCUCUAACUGGUUUAAGUUUGAGCAUAUCGCCAUUGCUAAAAAUCCUGACGAACAUCAAGAACCAGGAGGAGCAACUUGUCUCGAAACUUAAUGUCCAGGAGGAAUGGAAGUUCUGGGCUGCCGCAAAGGUUUCGAGAGUUCAGGAGUCGACUAAAGGUCUUAGAACUGCUGAGGCUGUUUCCAUCACUGAAAACUUAAACAGUCGCUACGGCCUUCGAUUGCGUAAUUGUGUUGGUCUGUUUAUCUGGAAUCAGAUUCGGUUUAACUUGGACUUGGAAAGUUCUAUAAAUGGCCUGCAAAAUCAAACGGGGCAGUUGAUCGAUGUCACUGAAGGCUGUUCCAGAGUCAAGCCGAGAACAUGCCGCCGGGACGUCAGAAGAGCUAUCGAUGGCAUCCAGAAUGCUCCACAGAAUCUGCUGAACUUGCGGACUAAAGGCCAUCAGUUGGAGGACAUCCAAAGGCAAAGUAAUCAGUGUGUCGAUAAAACUGUUAAGGAAUACACUGAGGAGCGCGUCGAAGUAGAACGACAGCUGGAGGAUAUAAUUGAGGAUUAUCGUGAGAGUGAAACAUUCACCAAAUAGGUCGGGAAAUAUACAUUUUAAAUCAAAUAUUAUUUCAUUAGUCACUGGCGAACAUAUAGCAGACACAGCACACAAGCAGGAACCCUUCGCACCAAUUAUUAUAGAAACAAAUAAAUAAAUAUUAAAUCCAUUAAAUAUCUUUCAUGGAAAUGAUGCAGCAAAUGAAAAA